ACACACACACAUAACGCAUACCAAACUCUCUCCCUGUCCAAACAUGUUUUAUCCUGGAGCCCUGAAGGAGCAGCCAACCAGGACAGAAGGGCGCAAAAUAAAAGCGAAUUAAGCUUGAUAAUCAGCAAUUUGAGGGCGGCCGUGGCUUGUACCCCGAAAUACGGUACACUACAGUCGUAAAGCAAAACCUCUGGUAUUUUAUACAGGCGACAAUAAUACCCGUUCUACUAUAUUUCUCGAUGGCUUGAUUAUUUGAAGUCUAUCCUCGGUGGUUUUCGGUCAAGGCACGGCCAGGGCUCAAGCCUUCGAGAUGCACCGUGGCUGCUGCUGCCGCCAACCACUGCACCACAACACGGACACCGCCACGGGCCCAGUUCUAUCAUGGUUUUCAAACGGAGAGCGAGGAGGAUGCGUCUUGGGCUGGGGUGCCAUCGGGUGGGGCCCACGUGGCUCUGGAAGGCCCUGCUGGUGUUCGUGGCCAUUGCCUUCGCAGGACAGCUCCUGGGAGUCAUCUACAACAAAAGCCUCCAGCAGGACAGGUCGUGGUGGUUGUUCUCAUCCGAUGGCCAGGGCCCGUCUCUGGGCUUCUGUCGGCCCCGCAGCCACGUCAUGUUCCUGAAAACCCACAAGACAGCCAGCAGCACCGUCCUCAACAUUCUCUACCGAUACGGAGAGGAGAAGGAUCUGCGCUUUGCCCUGCCUCUGGGGUAUCAGUUCGGCUACCCCCUCCCUUUCAACGCCCACAGGGUGAAAGGUUACAGAGGGCCCCGUGUGGCAGAAUUCAGCAUCAUGGGAAACCACAUGCGCUUCAACAAACCAGAGGUAGAGAAGGUGAUGCCAGCCGACACCUUCUAUUUCUCCAUCCUUCGUGACCCUGUAGCGCUCACUGAGUCGUCCUACGCCUACUACAAAGCCGUUGCCCCUGCCUUCAGGAAAGCCAAAGGCCUGGGAGACUUCGCCGACAACCCCCAGAAGUACUACGACCCCCGUCUCCGUAACAACCACUACGCUCGCAACCUGCUGUGGUUCGACUUCGGCCUGGACCACAACGCCAACUUCUCCACCACACUGACGCAACGAGGUGAAGUGGCCAUUCGACGUGCCUUCAAACUCAUCCUGGUCUCGGAGCACUUCGACGAAUCCAUGGUACUGCUCCGCCACGCCCUCUGUUGGCCUCUGGAUGCUGUCGUCUCCUUUAGCCUGAACGCCCGGCAGCAAAAGUCCAAUGGAGGCAGCUCCUGGGUGGAUAAAGCGGCCGCUGCUCAGCCCCCCGUCAUGCCUCUCACAGACAACCAACGGCAGAAGCUCCGGGAGUGGAACGCCCUGGACUGGCACCUCUAUCAGGCAUUCAACCGCUCCUUCUGGGAUGAAGUGGAUCGCUUUGGGAGAGCCAGAAUGGACCAAGAGGUCAUUCUACUCCGGACCCGCCGGGAGUUGCUGGCUAAAGCUUGCCUGAGGGAAGGCGGGAGGCCGGUAGAGGCAAGCCGCAUCCGGGACAAGAACAUCAGGCCCUUCCAGAGCGGUUUGGUGAAGAUCCUAGGAUAUGAGCUCCAGCCUGGGCUGGACAACGCUACCCGUCAGGCCUGUCUGAGGAUGAUCAGGCCGGAGAUCCAGUAUAAAGACCUGCUGGAUGCCAGGCAGUUCCCCAGGGCAGCUCCCCAGCCUGCCCAGGCUCCGCCCCCAGCUAUCCCUGCUGGGGGAGCCUACAUGAGGAAAGGCCCCUCCUCCCAACUCAGGACAAGAGAGCUGGGAGUGGAGGGGGGAGGGAGGAUGGGGGAGGAGGAGAGGGACUGGGACGGGAGUCGGUUAUCGCGUAGUAGUAAUAAUAAUAACCAAACAUUGGUCCGAGAUAGAGGUGGAAGAGAGGGGAAAAGGAACAUAAGAUAGUUUUCCAUCCAGAAUGAAUUCCAGGUGGGGAGUGGAUAAGACUAAACUCCGACUGAGCCUGUGUACUCAAGCACUUGUUGAGUAUUUCUAUUACUCAAGUACUCCGAAAGACCCAUUCUCCCUCCAACCCUGCUGUACCUCCACUUUAUUGUACAUUCCCAUUUUUUUGGCACAUCUUAUGACUCCUUUUAGGAACGGUUAUGACUCCCUUAUGUUCAUAUUGACUUUGUAAGGGUGCGAAUUAUGGGGAAGCUAAGCUUCCCUGAAUGACACAUGAGCUCCUCUAAAGAUAACAAAAGUCCAAAAAUGUUUUUUUUUUUCUGGGAGGGGUAUUGAUAAUUUGACCAAGACACGCCCCGACAGCAAGACGCAUCAAUCUUACCGCUCAGUAUGUGUUGCCCAUAUAUCUGAUGCUGUCGGGACCAAACAAGUAUGACAGAGGGGUGGCGUUUCGCACGCUCCGAUCCUUUCUCUGGUGAGAUACAAGUAACUGCCAAAAUAAAGGAAACACCAACAUCAAGUGUCUUAAUAGGGUGUUGGGUCACAACAGCUUCAAUGACCAUGCCGCUGUGGCAUAGAUUCUGGAACUCUAUUGGAGCGAUGUGACACCAUUCUUCCCCAUGACAAAUUCCAUAAUUUGGUGUUUUGUUGAUGGCGGUGGAAAAUGCUGUCUCAGGCACCACUCCAGAAUCUCCCAUAAGUGUUUAAUUGGGUUGAGGUCUGGAGACUGAGAUAAACACCCUUUAAACCCCUUAUGCUCAUUUGAGACCCCUCUUUCAAAGUCACUGAGAUCUCUUCUAGUCAUGGUAGCCAAAAUAAUGGGCAACUGGGCAUUUUUGUACAUGACCCUAAGCAUGAUGGGAUGUUAAUUGCUUAAUUAACUCAGGAACCACACCUGUGUGGAACCACCUGCUUACAAUAUACUUUGUAUCCCUCAUUUACUCAAGUGUUUCCUUUAUUUUGGCAGUUACAUAUAGAUUCAUUCUGCCAAUUGAAGGAAAAUUACUUACCUUAUUUUUGUAUAAAAUAAAAAUUGUUCACAUCUUUGGGGAAACAUGUCUUCCCUUGGCAUCCAAGAAUACACCCACUGUAGAAGGCCUAAUGACAAUCACCAAAUGUCAUUAGACUGAUGGUGUCUAUAGCAGAUGUCUCUUUCUAUUCAUUAAAUGGCGCGUGCACAGUGCACUGUUUGGAUGCUGUAGUUAUUUUGGAGUGGAAGAACGUGCGCAGCUGCAGGUAGCCGACUUUUUGAAGUGAUAUGUUUUACAAUCAGAUGUCUACUUCAUGACUGGUUGUGCUCAUGCCAUAUUAAAAUGUGAUACAUUUUUACAGUUAAAUGAUAAUAAUAUCUUUACUAUUAGGCCAAUAAAAAAAUGUUUCCUAGUAGACGCUCCCCUGAAUGUCACAGUAUAGUUUGCUCUCCGGACUUUAUGAACACUGUGGACGCGAAAUGGAAUUGCAUCGCAUUCAGUGGGCCAACUGUCAUUCAGUAAGUUUACUUCUCUGCUUGAGAUUCGGAGGUCCAACUUCUCUUGCACGAUCAAAAUGUCAGCAUUUUUUUUUGUUUUUAGAAAAAAAGCUUUGCUUUUACCUAUUUCUUGAAUGUUAAUGUUAAAACAGCAAACAGGCAGCCAGCCAUAACUACUGUAAAUGCUGGGGUAGGGAUGAUGUGAGUUGCAUGUUCUGACUGAGGAUCGGAAUGGACUUCCUCCCUCUGAACGCAGUGUGCCUGGCAUAGAAAAGGUAGUUCACAUGAAGCAGUGGAGGCUGGUGUGAGGAGGACAGCUCAUAAUGGCUGGAAUGCAAUGAAAGGAGCGGCAACAAUCACAUGGUUUCCAUGUGUUUGAUAGCAUUCUAUUCAUGCCAUUCCAAUGAGCCUGUCCUAUAAUUUAAAGUGACACUAGCCUCCCCUGAUACAAAGCCAGCAUUGAAGAGCAGUGAAUCUCACAAUAGGCCUUACUGUGAUGUCUUCUAGAGAGAUAGAUGGAGAACAUCUUAAAGGCCCAGUGCAGCUGUUUUUAUAUCAAUGCCAAAUAAUUUCUGUCUACCAAUUAAGUAAUAGACUUGUCUUUAAAAAGGGCAAAAAAUAGUUUCUUUAUGAAAAAUUAGCUUGGACUGUCGAGGCGGGAUUAUAGCUGUUAUUGGCAGAGAGGAUUUUAACUAUUUGUUAUUGUUAUCUAUUAAACAAUUUAGCGCAUGUUGACGUCACCAUGGAAAGCCGUAACUCCCGCCCAUACAAGCCUGCUGAUUAGAAGGUCCUGUGUAAAUAUUUCAAUUUUUCGACCAGCAACUUUCAGGAAAUAACACUGAUAAAAAAAUGUAAACUUCUACAGUGUUAGUUUCAUCAGCGGUAUCAAUUAUAUAACAGAAUGUUGACUGCACUGGGCCUUUAAUGUUAACACAUGGUACUUUGAUAGGGACCGACAUGUACUGUAUCUGAACUGAAGCACUGUGGUUGAAUGGAUAGCAAGUCUGACUAUUCACUUUUUUAGUGUGGCUUUUCAUACACUGUACAUACCGUAUGUAACAUAAUAUACACAGUAUUUCCCUGGCUCAAUGGAAAGUUUCAAUGCGAGCUCGGAUUCCACCCCCUCACAUAGAUAUUCACAUGUGAAGCCUGAGUACAUCUCAUGCAUACCUUACAUACAAGAACACGUAUGUACAUCAUAUCUUACAUAGUAUAUACAUUUUAACACACACUGUACUCUGUCAUGCUUGACAGCGUAAAUGAAUCAUGGAAGCUCAUUAAAAUGCAUUCUCACAUGUCAGCCAGCCAGCGCAAUUGGUGUCAGGUGACCAUGGGGUGCAUAUAUAAAGGUACGCCAUCUGGUGGUGUGGAGGUGUAAUGCUAUAAUCCUGGUCCCAGAUCUAGGUGUACUGUAUUAACCAACUCUUAGACCAGGCUAUAGCAAUGCCACUGAGUACCAGGAUGUUAUUAUUGGUUGACGAUCUUACUAGUGUAAGAUCCACACAUGUAUUAAUGUCUUUGGUGGAACAAGCUGUGAUUUUUGGAGAGAAUCUGUGACCACGUCAGUUCAUUUUUAUUAAGCAAUCUAGAUUACAUAAUUUCUGGUGUGUCACAGCAUCUUUGAACAGAACAUAAUUUACCUGAAGCUUCUUUAAACAACAGGGGGGACACAGCUAUCGUUUCCCUUUCCAUUCACCACUCCAGGUGCAGUGUAAUCUAUUUCAAGUUUUAUUUUUUUAAUCAUUUUGGCACAUUUUUCAGAUGUAAGUGGUAUAUUUUCUAAGCUCUAUGUACAAAACUCUAAACUGAUAACACGUGUAAUGCCUCCUGUCUUAUGUUCAGAACCUUUGAUUGGGCAUUCAUUGAGGUUGCACACAUCUUUCACCCCUGGGUCAUUCAUGCCAAAUCAACGUUUUCCUUAAAAUACAACAUUUAGUUAAGUCACCAAUACAUCAGGUAAUUAUAGGCUCACCAUUUAGUCAUUUUAACUAACAUUAAAUCCAAUAGCAAAGAAUACAAGAUACACAUUGUAAAAAUGUAUUUUUGAAGUGCUGUUAGAAAGAAUAGUAUAUUGUAAAUAUUAUUUUCCAUACAGAAUUUGACUUAACUUGACAUGCACAAUUUUAGUUUCAUUAUCCUUCUACAGUACUACAGUGCAUACAGUACAUACAGUACAUACAGUACUACAGUACACACAGUACUGUGGACAGAUAAUCAGAUGUAGUGGUAUUGUAAACCAGUUGGCUACGGUAAAAACGUACCACGGUGUUGUAUGCCAUUUCUGCCCCAUGGACACAUGUACAAUAUCACCUCUUCUACGUGACUUUUCAACUGAUACAGUAUCACCUGUCUCUGCUUGAAAUUCAUCCGCUUAUAAUGGUAGCGCAUAGGGAGUCUUUGUCUUAUUGAAGCACACUGGCUGAUGGAGAAUGAUGAUGUAUUUACAGCCACAUCCAUACAUGAUUUGAAAUUGACAGUGUUUAGCAGUUUUCAAGCUAUACACGUUAGCUAGGCACUACAUCAUGUUGGUUCAGUAGUGAGCAGUUUGAUUUAAGUAAUAGUUAAUUGUAUUGUUUGCAAUUGACAAAAUCAUAUCAAAAGUAAAGUGAAUAUUGUGUUUUGAAAAGCAGAGACUUUUAUUGAAUAUGCAUCUGAAUUGAAAGAGCGAUUCGCUGGAGUGAACAAGUGACACUGAAUUUGUUUGGUGCUCAGUCAAUGGAAAAUGUGCUGAGAGUUUUGAAAUAUGAGCCAUUUUGAUGAUCUGUUUAGAUUUCUGUGCUUAGAGUUGUGAAAAUAUACCACAGACUUGUGAAAAUUGCACCAAAGGGAUUGGAAACAAACUUGAAUUACUUGGUAUUACCAUUGUGAAAGUGUUAGUGUGUGACAAACAGUUAAGGCAUUCAUAGUCCAUAUAAAACCUAGAACAUUCAUUACAGAAUCACAUUGACACAUUAGCCUACUGCAGUUUUACAACUGUUAAAUUCACCUUUUAAGGAAAAGCUGUUGCGCCGUUCUGUUAUGAGGUGUGACGUUUUAUCAUUUUAUUUCAUCUCCGUACACUACACUCCGCUGGGUAACUGACAUUUGUGUGUGGAGUUCAGGCAGUUUACUCAACAGCAAUACAGUUGAUUCAUCCACAACUAAAAUAUCUUUUAAAAUUUAUUUUGACGGUUAGACAUAAUACUAAAAAUGGAAUUUGUUGGUUACAUCAACUGCUAUGUCUGUCACUGUGUCUAUGUUAUGAACCAUGGUUAUGGUGGGCUUCUCAACUAAAAGCCCAUUUCACUGUCUCCAUGUUUGUAGUUUUUGAUCGUCUUGACUAAGACUCGGAGAUGGUGGUUUUUGGUGGUGGUUUUAAGAGAAAAAGAAAAUUUUGAAUGACAAAGAUAAACGCUAAUAAAACAGUUUUUUUCCCUUAAACUGUACAUUUUGGGAACAGGGCUUUAAAAAUGACUGUUUCUGUGUUAAUCAUUACUUUUUAAAAUCUCUUGUAUAUAUUGUAUGUAUUAUUUUAAGGUAAAUUUGACUUGAGUGAACUGUUUUUUUGUUUAUUUUAUUUUUACAUUUAAGACCUAAUGGAAACAUACACACAUUGAUACACAAUUUAAUUAUGUUGAUUAUCCCAUUUCUUUGAGACAUAAUUAUUAUAAUAUUAACAAUAUACAAAAACACACACAAUGUACAGUACGUGACCCAAGUUUCUACAUUUAUGAAUGAUUUAUUAAUUAAAGCAAUGGCAAGAAUACAACCACACACACACACACACACACACACAAAGCAGUGACUGAUAUAGGCAAAUGUAUCUACUUUCAAUACUGUAAGAAAUUGUCAUUUUGUUCCUCUAAACUUGUUAAUUUUUAAAGUGAUGGGAUUCACACUUCUUGAAAGCAGCCUGUAAGGCAACUCUACACCCAAGACUGAUGUUUAACCAGAGGUUGUGAGUCUCACAGGCUACUUUCAAGGCAUCUUUGUGCAGAUUGCUAUGCCCGUACAGAAAAACCACAUGAUUUCCCAUGUGGAACAUUUCACGUGUCUUCACAUGUUGUCACGUGUUCUCACAUUAACGGCUCAUACGAUCACACAAAUUCAUGUGGUUUUGGAACACUAUAUGUGAAAUUCAUGGGUGGUACUGUGAUAAUGCUACUUUUCUGUUGACCUCUCUACUAUUGACUUGAUACACUAUUCUCACAUGAUGGGAACCAUGUUACAUAUUGUAUGUCUGUGAGAAUGUAUGGUACUGUACACUAUGAAAUAAAGGGUUCUUGUCUUAUGUA